AUACGAGCACGCCGUUCUCUUUGUGAUGCGUAGAGAGAGCACGGCACAGGCACUUUGAUGAUAAAUUUAAUCUCUACUCCUCAGUCGCGCGAGUCCCGACCAAAGAUAAAGACGUUGAAAAUUCCGAGUGAACCGGGCGUACUCACGCUACUUGAACGAGAGGGAUCGUAUCACUUACAUAUAAUCGCGACGUCGCGAUAUAAUUUCCCGAUUAUCCCGAUGAAUUACUUAAUUAUAUAUAAUCACAUGUAUAUGUACAUGUAUAUGUACACGUCUAUUUAGAUAUUCGCAAUACUAAAGUCGAGCUGCUCUGUGAUGAUACCUUUUUAUCGUCUCCGCACGUACUGAAAUCCGUAGCCUGAUGGUUCGCCAAAUUAAUUAGUCGUGCGGGAAGUGAUACGUGAAAAAGGGAACGUCUGUGAAUGUACUCAUUAUUAUUCGUAAGCCGUGUGUGACGACGUUUCUCUCAAUGAACGAUCUGGUUAGUUCGUACGCGCGACGGGUAAUCGUCGCUAUUUUCGGAAAGUACCUUCGGAAAGCACCGGCGACGCGCUUCCACGAAGGCACGAGAGCUCAUCAAUGAGAACCUCGAAGAAUCGGAGUAGCAGAGCAAGAUAUACGUGUGCUGGCUGGGCUACCGGUCGGUCGGGUCGGGUCGCUGUUCUCCUGUGUUUCAUCUCUCUCUUUUGCUCUGUUUUGCUGUUCCUCUACCCGCUGCCUUCCUCUUUUCACCUCCCGGCUUAUCGCGCUCGCUCGCCCUUUCUCUCCCCGUGGCCGUUCGUGCCUCUCUUUCUCCCGCUGCCGCUCACUCCCGAGAGUUGUUGUUCGACUGUUUUAUUACUUUUAUAAAUACCGCCGCCACGAUGCUGCUGUUGCUGCUGCUGCUGCUGCUGCUGCUACUACUACUCGCCCGGUCGCGGCUCGGCGGGUGUUUCCUUUGUUGGUCCACCGAGGGACCCAUUGUUGCUUGCGGAAAGAUGCGAAUUUUAAUUUGAUAUUGUCUAAUAUUAUUUAUGUAUGCACGCGGCUAGAGAAACCUGCGGUAUUCGCUCUUUUCGAGGGCCGCCUGCCUCCUCGCGCGUCGUGCCGUCCAUCGCUCUCUUCCAUUCAAUAGGAGCGAAACCCGUAGCGUCCGACAACUUAACUCCGCACCGAAAGUCCCGUCCGCCGUCUCUUCGCGCCAAUUCUGCUUCACGUGAUCACGUGCAUUCGAGCUUCCUCGCGAGUCGCGUUAUGACUUCCGCCCGGUUAAUUCGAGAACGAAUGAAUCGAAUGAAAUUACGACGUUCGUGCGUCUUCAUGAUUAUGAUUUAACGCACAGUAUUACUCAACUUUAUCAGUCACGAGGUAACGCCGUCAAUUCUCCUCCACGACUUACGUACAAGUCUAAGAAGAGGAGUCUCUUUCUGCCGCCCAGUAAUCUCUAACCUAUUCGCGAGUAUUCUCGGCCGUCCUUCGGCAUGUUCAAAGCUCCGUGCAAAUCGUCACGUCUCGUUCCCCAUAAGCGUAAUCUAAUUAUCGGCGUUAUAUGCAAGGUGUCCACCGAGCGCAAACGAGGCUUGCGCUAGACUUGCGCGUACGUGCUCGGUCCACCUGGGGAAAUCAAUAUCAGCCAACGUCCAGGUUCACUGCGAACCGCUCGCACGACGGUACGCGCAACAGUUGCGUCGGGGCGAGGAAGACGUUACGAACGAGGAAUACGCAAGCCGGCGUCUCGACGCGCCGACAGUGUUGGCCGACCGACACGACAAUUAGAAAGUACAUCCGGGGCGAUCAGCGAUUCGUGGCGUUGCGCCGGGAGGGCGACGCGCGCGACUUGGCGAGAGAACGCGAUCGGAUGUGCACCAUGUUGCCAUGGAAAUCCGCGAGAACGAUUGCCGCGAAUUAAAGGCGCUCAGGUAAACAACAGCGCGCUGCUGGUGGUGGUGGUGAAGGUGGUGGUGGCCGACACUCAGCCAACAUGACCGAGAAGCGACUGUCGAUGGGCAUCAACGUCAGCAUUCUGCUGAUACUGACGAUAUUCGGAGUGCUACUGUCCCUACCGUUGCGAUUGUUGUUCGACACGAAUUACGACAAUCGGGACCGCGACGGCGAAGAGACUAAUGUCACCGACCCAACCGCCACGGGGAGGACGCCUGUGAUACCGAUGGAUCAUCGAAAAUUGAGACGUUGCCCGAACCUACCGUACGAGGAUCGUCUAGUGUCCGUUUUUCAGAGCGAUUACGAUGGAAAUUGCACGUAUGCGCAAGACGACGACGACGACGACGAUGAUAAUGAUGAUAACAAUAGGAAUAGUGAUGAUGAUGAUGACGACAAUGACGACGACGAUGACGACGAUGACGACAACGACGACGACGAUGACGACGACGACGACGACGACGACGACAACGACGAUAAUUCCGAAGAGGAAAAGAAUAGCAGAAAGAAUAGGAAGCUUGGCGAGAUUAAGAAGGAUAUCGACGAGCUCAUGAGAGAAAACGCUGAAGAUAUUUUAAAAAUGCGCCAAAUGAAGUCAGUCACGGUCGCGGGCCACAUACUCGUGGCGAUGUUGCUCAUAUCAGUAAUAGCUGCUCUCAUUGAAGUACUGCGAAUACGUUUCGAGUUCGCCAGAGAAAAAGAUUCGUCUAGGGCAAGCACGACUACUUCUCGGAGAUGCUCCUCCGGCGUGGACCUACCCGCUCUAAGACGUCCCACUUCAAGAGAAUUAAUUAGGAGUCAAAGGUCCUUCGAGAUACAAGGAAUGCACCGUUCCGCAUUACGUUUGUUAGGAGCGCGUCCGCCUCCGCUUAUCCGCCGCUCCUCGUUCCCGACACCACAAGCGAAGCAAGCCGCUACUUCGUCUUUUUGUGGUACGCCGACCAACCGGCUGACGCGGCGUCAAUCGGCUGAAUCGGACGAAGAAACCCGAGUCGUCACCAAUAUUCUUCAUCAUCGCAUCCGUCUAAUACGACGCCAUUAAGACGACACGAGAAUAGUAAUAUCUCAGUUCAUCGAAUCAUUUGCAACCGUAUCGGUGACAACAAGUGACAGAGUAUGCGCGUUUCUUCGAUUGAACGGUAUAUAGACACGUUUUCCAGAUGUACACACGUUUUCAAGUAUGCGUAAAAUUAUUUAUUAUAUAGAAUGUUGUCGAUGUUAAUUGGCGAAUUUAUCGAGAAUGAGGAAAUAUCCAAGUCGAAAUGUCAUACGCAACGCACAACGAUCACGUGCAAUGACUUUUUUAACGCUCGUGCAACGUCGAAAGGUCUUUCACCGAGAAACAGAUCCACAAUUGUAUCUUCCAUUUUACCCCUUCAUAGCGGCUUUAAUAGUGCUUUAUCUAUGCGACGCUUUUUGUAUCAUGCUAUCGACUAAGUUCUGCUUUCUAGCCACGCGAUAUUUUGAAAAUAUGAAAAGAGAACUCGAUAACACACAAACGUCAAAAUAUUACCAAGCCACGGUGGAAAGCUGAAUUGCAUAUAGGUGCAUGCAAGGACUAGUAUGCUUAAUCCAGCAAUCUCUAUUUUCCAUAUUAAUCGCGUACUUUAAGAUCAUGUAAUAAUCAAACGGAGAAUUGCGAUGUUGUCAACGCGAUCAGUUUAACUCGACGAUUGGUGAUUUGUUAAUGUGUGAAUAAUAAAUUCAAUAUCAAUCUUAUAAUUAUAAUAGUAUAUUACACUAAGUAUAUUUAAUGCACAGACUGUCCUAGAAUUGUAUAUACCAGAAGCAAGUUUGUAUUAAUUUAAUCGAAAAUAGAAUAGAGAAUUAAAGAUAAAAUACACAUUUGAUAAAAAAUUGAAUCGUGAAAAAGAACUGAUAUUUUUUUAGAUGUGUAAUUCUGAUGUAUACUUUAAUUCUAAAAAACACUCUGUGCAUUAAAUAGGACAGAUAGAUGUGCAUUCUCGAACUGACAGUACAACGACCGAAUAUAUUUAUUCCUGCAGCUGUUAUUAUUUCCUUAAUGUUUACGAUAUUUUUAUUGCAAUAGUAAGAAACUCUCUAUCGAUGUAUUAGUGGUCAUACAGGUCAAAAAAAUUUAUGUAAGUCAAAUGUCUAUGAAAGUUACGACAAUGAGCUUUAUCAAAACAUACAGAUGCAAGUCUGCGUAUGUAUGAAUAAUUUCAAAAUAAUUAUUACUUCUUUCUUACAUAUUUUCGUAAUAAGAAGAUAUGAUUGUGUCUCUGUAUCAACGAACCUUCUAACCACUUAUUCCUGUGAUUAUCAUACUUUUUCAUGUGAUAUGUACAAAGUUAUAAAUCGCGAAAUGUAAUGUGGAUGUGAAUGUAUUAAUCAUGUAAUGUUUUUAUUAGACAUACAUAUUGCGACUAACGUUUUCAAAACUGUGAUACGCUCUUUCACAUCUAUGUCAUUACACAAAGCAUGUUAAAUCAAAGAAAUAUAUUGAUGCGAAAAAUGGAAUAGAAUUUUCUAAGUAUAUUUGUUAUGCAUCCUAACAUCCUAAUAUUCCAACAUUCCAACACUCAUCAAAACAAUAAAAUCAAAAUAUAAAAAUUAUAGAUUUUAAAG